UGGCCAACAAAUAAAUUUAGAGAAAGAGGUGAAUGUGAAUCAUAUUGUUAUUUUUGUGUUUUGGGUGAUUUUGUCUGAUUUUGAAGACGAAGUUGGUGAGUUUGUGGAAGAUGUGGGGCUUAUCCUUCUCUAUCCUUUCUCAUCCCUCCCCUAAUUUCACAGCUUCCCUUCUUGUUCCGGCAGCAACCCUUCGCUCCCGCACUUCCUUACCCCUUAACUUUCAUCCUAAACCUUACACUUCCGACACACCAUUUUCUCCGGAGGUAGCAUGUAGAUCUUUCUAUACAUUAAAUAUCGUCUCUGGCUGCUUAGUAUCAAGUGUUGAUCAGCAGGUUGUUAGGGCGGUAGACUCCUUGCAGUAUGAAUUCAGGGCAGUGGAUGAUUUGGUGGCACGUAAUUCUGCUAAAGUUCUCAAAGCCUUUCAGAAUGUUCGAUUAGGAUCUCAUCAUUUUGGAGGAUCCACUGGUUAUGGUCAUGACGAAGCUGGAGGACGCGAGGCACUUGACAAUGCUUUUGCUGAGAUAGUUGGAGCAGAAUCUGCAAUGGUCCGAUCACAGUUUUUCUCAGGUACUCAUGCUAUUACGUGUGCUUUAUUUGCGCUUUUGAGGCCAGGGGAUGAGCUUUUGGCAGUAGCUGGUGCUCCAUAUGACACACUUGAGGAGGUCAUUGGGAAAAGAGAUUCUCAGGGUCUGGGUUCCUUGAAAGAUUUUGGAGUGGAGUAUCGAGAAGUUCCACUUGCUGAGGACGGUGGACUUGACUGGGAAGAACUUGCAAGAGCUUUGAAACCUCAAACAAAAUGUGCGCUCAUACAAAGGUCAUGUGGUUAUUCUUGGCGACGAAGUUUAAGUGUUGAUGAAAUAGGAAAAGCAAUUAGACUGAUCAAGAUGCAAAACCCUGAUUGCUUGGUGAUGGUGGAUAACUGUUAUGGAGAAUUUGUGGAAACCACUGAACCUCCAACUGUGGGUGCGGAUUUAAUUGCAGGAAGUUUGAUUAAAAAUCCUGGUGGAACGCUUGCACCUUGUGGUGGAUACAUUGCAGGUCGAGCCAAAUGGGUGAAAGCGGCUGCAGCUCGUUUAUCAGCACCCGGCUUGGGGGUGGAUUCGGGCUCUACCCCUGGUGAUAUCAUGAGGACUUUUUUUCAAGGAUUAUUCCUUUCACCUCAAAUGGUUGGUGAGGCAGUCAAGGGAAUGAUCCUAAUAGCUGAAGUCAUGCAAUCAAAAGGCUACAAAGUGCAGCCACUUCCACGUGCCCCCCGCCAUGACACUGUACAGGCUGUACAACUAGGAAGUCGUGAAGUUUUGCUUGCAUUCUGCGAGGCUGUACAGAGAAGCUCUCCUGUUGCUUCCUUCACCAAACCAGUUCCAGGAACAACUCCUGGAUAUGCAUCAGAGGUGAUCUUUGCUGAUGGAACUUUCAUCGAUGGAAGCACAAGUGAGCUUUCUUGUGAUGGACCUCUGAGAGAACCAUUUGCAGUUUUUUGCCAGGGUGGAUCGCAUUGGACCCAAUGGGGCUUAGUACUUGGAGAGGUUUUGAAAUCUCUAUAAUAUAUAUAAAUAUAGUUGGUGCUGCAUUUAAGUCAUUCACAUUUUUUCUUUAUUUUCUCAUUACUUUUUCUCCCACUCCUAUUCAAUCCCAACUUAAGUUAUUGACUAUCUAAUUAAUUUUUUGUGUGUAAAAUAUUGUUGGCUAGGCUUCUAUGAAAUCUUUUCUCUUUUUAAUUCUAAAUAUUGAAAGAAAAACACUAUUAACAUCA